AUGGGCAUCAGGAUACGGAGAAACACUGAGAACUCCGGCAUCACUUCGGGAGAAUAUUGGAAGAUCUGGCUGAAGAGGCUUCUACUGUACGCUGUACGCUGUACCCCCACCAGCCCCUCAAAUGCAGCCAUACAGACUUGGUAUGUAGCUCAAACACGUGGAGAUGUCUACGAUCCAUUGUGUCGGGCCAACAUUCGGCUACGUCCGCUGUGGUGUCUGCCGCAUACGGUCGAUCUCGAUGUUAUGGGUAUUUGGCUAUUGUGGCUUGCCCCGUCCGGGAUCUAG